CCGCGGCUUCCGGGACGGCUCUUCCCGCCAUGGUGCUGUGCAUGUUGCGCAUGUGGCAGCGGGGCUCCGUCUCUGCCGCGCGGCUCGGAACGCACCACUGGCCUUUCGGCUCGGCGGGUCUGUCUCUCAGGCGCUACAGCACCGAGGCGGCGCCGCAGAUACCGGGCAUGGAGUACCAGGAUGCCAUUUGCACUUUGAACACACUACAAACCAAUGCCAGUUCUCUGGAGCAGGUCCGAAGAGAGCGGAGCAACCCUCAGCUGCAGCUGCAGGCCAUGAGGGGCUUCCUGGAACGCUCCGGCCUCACAGUGGAAGAACUGGACCAUCUCAAUAUCAUUCAUGUGACGGGAACAAAGGGCAAGGGGUCAACAUGUGCGUUCACGGAGCACAUUUUAAGACGUCACGGCUUCCGCACAGGAUUCUACAGUUCCCCACAUUUGGUACAAGUCAGAGAGCGGAUCCGGAUCAACGGGCAGCCCAUUGGAAAAGAGCUCUUCACCAAAUACUUCUGGCAGGUUUAUGGACGACUGGACGAAACAAAGGACGCCCACGGAGGAACAAUGCCGGCAUACUUCCGUUUCCUCACCAUCUUGGCCUUCCACGUGUUUCUUCAGGAGAAGGUGGAUUUGGCUGUGAUUGAAGUUGGGAUUGGUGGUGCAUACGACUGCACCAACAUUAUACGGAGGCCGUGGGUGUGUGGCAUCUCCUCUCUGGGUAUCGACCACACUCAGAUUCUUGGAGACACCAUUGAAAAGAUCGCCUGGCAGAAAGGAGGCAUUUUCAAGCUGGGCGUUCCUGCCUUCACGGUCAAGCAGCCGGAAGACGCGAUGGUGACGCUGAGUAGUCGGGCCAGUGAGAUGAGGUGUCCCCUGUGGGUGUGUCCAGAGCUGGAGGAAUACCAGGCGCACUGUGGACCUCUGCAUCUGGGCCUGGCAGGACGGCACCAGCGCUCCAACGCCUCCCUCGCCCUGCAGCUCAGUCACACGUGGCUGCAGAGAAGAUGUCUACCAGAUCGGAGCCCCCCCUCAGGCAGUGUAGAGAGCGCGGCGCCACGGCAGGCGCCUCCCUUCAAGCCCAGCCCCAUCAUGAUAAAAGGGCUGGCAGACACCGAGUGGCCGGGAAGGAAUCAGACGCUGAAACACGGAGCGGUCACCUACUUCCUGGAUGGAGCGCACACCAUGCGCAGCAUGCAGGCCUGCGUGCACUGGUUCAGAGAGGCCGCAGUCCAGCACGAGAGGAAUGCGAGUGGACCCGUGGUCCGAGUUUUGCUCUUCAACGCUACGGGGGAGAGAGACUCUGCCGCCAUGCUGAAGCUGCUGGUGCCAUGCCAUUUUGAUUUUGCGGUGUUCUGCCCAAACAUCACGGAAGCCAUCGCUUCUUGCAACGCAGACCAGCAGAACUUCAACGUCUCGGUGGAGCACAUGCUGACUCGCUGCCUGGACAACGAGAGAAGCUGGCAUCUCCACAACAGCUCGGGCCACACCAAAGGGGCUCCGCUGCUCAUUGAGAGCAGCCUGGCCCCGGAGAAGAAGGCCGACGCCCUGGUCUUCCCCUGCAUACUCAGCGCCCUCCAGUGGAUCACGCAGGGCAGGGACUCGGUGCUGGCAGACCCGGCCCAUGGGGAAUUACCGGUGAAACCCAGCGUCGCGGCCAGAGCCGCUCCGCUCUGCGCCGCCGCCGAGGUCCACGUGCUCAUCACCGGGAGCCUCCACCUCGUGGGAGGAGCCCUCAAGCAUCUGGACCCGGCGUCCUCCAAGUAAACGGAACGUGUCACUUCAGACGGCGGGGCUGCACGUUUACCUCUCAAAGAGAGAUGAGGUCUUGGGCUGACUGGCUCAUGCACAGUGACUUCAGGUGCUCACCUAAAAUGACGUUCGCCCCCCCCCACCUGGCAUUAUAGCCCAGACCAAGGCAGAUCCAGUCCUCCCGACAGAACCAGCCUCACCCGAAGCCUUACAGAGGCAGCGCCGACGUGUGGAGCUCACCUUCUCCAGUCUUACUUGAAGCCCAACAUGUUUACAUGAAAUGCUAAAGGUACCUUCAUGUAGCGGAGUCUGCUUCACUCAUCCGCAGUGCGCUUCUUUGUCACAAUACCACCUUAAUUGCCCCGACAAUGUCUGAUGGGAACUCUUGUCCGUCACCUUCAGUGUCUUUGUUUUGUAAUGAAAUCCCUUUGCCAUGGUCUCCUCUUGCUUCAUGUAGAAGUGUAUAUAUUCUAACCGUUGGCAUCAGAUGAGUUCAUGUAUCUAAAUUAAAUUCUCUAUUCUAUUUUACAAUGGAAUAAUAUAACCAUUUUAAGUCUAGUUUUGAAAGCUUGAAACUAUACAAUAUUUGGGAUAUGUACUAAUUUAUUUGGGUCCUUCUAUUCUCACAGUGAUUUAUUCAUUGGAAAUCUGAGGUCAUCAGCUGGAAGGGAAGUUUAUUCACAUCCUUUCACCCUGUAACCUCAAUGGAGUUUGAAUUCAGUUCUAUCCAGACACGAUGCUCUUAAAUGAAACUCGUCUCUUGUAAGUUGUGGGGAAAAGGUUUGCUCACUUCUUUAAAUGGAGUCAAUUAAAAAAAUCUGGAUAUGAAAAUUGUCUUUCAAGUACUUUCCCUUGUGAACCAACAGUUUUCUGAUUAAAGACACAAUUCUUGUUCA